AUGCGAGUCGUUCCAUGUUCAUUGCGGCUUAUACGUGCGUUGGCCUCACGUGAAAAAUGGAAUUUUUGCUGGAAUUUACGCAACUCAUUAAAUUAUUCUCAGGUAAGUGCGCAAGCUGGAUUAAAUGUGGCACUAGUCGAUCGUACGGAUGAAAUUUUAACGAAUGCAAAAAACUCAAUACGAACGAGCCUACAACGUAUUGCGAAAAAGAAAUUUAGUGAUGAUUCUAAGGCACAAGAAGCAUUCACAAGUAAUGUGAUGAAGUGUAUGAAAACGACAACCAGUUUAUCCAGUGCAGUGAAAAGUGCCGAUUUGAUAAUUGAAGCAAUUAUCGAAAAUUUAUCUAUCAAACAAAAUUUGUUCCAAAAGAUUGAAAGUGCCUGUUCUGAUUCUGCAAUAUUGGCAAGCAAUACUUCAUCGUUGCGUUUAAGUGAUAUCGCAAAUCAUAUGAAAAAGAAACAGAGAUUUGGUGGCCUUCAUUUUUUCAAUCCUGUACCCAUAAUGAAGUUACUCGAAGUAAUAAAAUCCGAAAAUACUUCCGAUGAAACGUUCAAAUCUCUGAUGGAUUUCGGCAAAAAAUUAGGAAAAGUUACGGUCGCUUGUAAGGACACACCUGGUUUUAUCGUAAAUCGCUUAUUAGUGCCAUAUUUAUUUGAAGCUCUUCGACUUGCAGACAGAGGUGAUGCUUCAAUAAAAGAUAUUGAUAUUGCUAUGAAACUUGGAGCAGGAUAUCCGAUGGGUCCUUUUGAAUUGAUUGAUUAUGUGGGACUUGAUACCACAAAAUUCAUCCAGGAUGGUUGGCAUUUAUCUUAUCCCGAUGAACCUUUAUUUAAGCCCAAUGAGAGGCUUAAUAAACUCGUAGCAGAAGGCAAACUCGGCAAAAAAUCAGGCGAGGGUUUCUACAAAUAUAAAUAA